AUGAACAACUAUGCACCGAGAGUCUUUGUGCCUUCGGCUGUUCAGGAGACUGCCUUGAUUGCAGAUCACAGUCGAGAAUUUUCUUCCAAAAAAUCCUUUGGAAGGUUUCAAGAAUUAGGUGUAUUCUGUGAACAAUAUCAGUUUGUGGCUCUCCAACGUUUCUCCAGCGGUAGUGUUAGUCAGCCAGGGAGGAUAUGUUGGAGAGGUUCCUCUAAUGCUGUUCUUUUGAGAAAGCUUGAAGUUGCUUUGCAGGAUCAUCAAGUAGAUGAAGCUUGGGUAACUUUUAUUGACUUCAAGAAUCUAUAUGGCUUUCCCACAAGUUCCAUGGUGAGUAGGUUAAUUUCUCUACUUUCCUACUCAUCUGACCCUCACUGGUUACAAAAGGCAUGCGAUUUGGUCUUCCUAAUAUUGAAAGAAAAACCAGAUUUGCUUCAGUUCCCAGUCCUGACUAAUCUCUCACUCUCCUUAGCUAGAGCACAGAUGCCUGCUCCUGCCUCUAUGAUUCUAAGGGUGAUGCUAGAGAGGGAGAAUAUGCCCCCAUUGAAUAUAUUAUGGUCAGUUGUUUCACAUAUGUUGAAGACGGAGAUUGGGACAUGUCUGGCGUCAAAUUUCUUGGUUCAGAUGUGCGAUUGUUUUCUACGUUUAAGUGCAAAAAGAAGUGUUCGUGCCAAAGUUGUAAAGCCUGAUGCAAUGAUAUUCAACCUUGUUCUUGAUGCUUGUGUGAGGUUCAAAUCAACUCUGAAAGGCCAAGAAAUAGUUGAAUUGAUGUCACAAACAGGUAUUAUUGCUGAUGCAAACUCAGUCAUUAUUUUUGCCCAGAUCCAUGAAAUGAAUGGCCAGAGGGAUGAGAUCAAGAAAUUGAAGGAUCAUGUUGAUAGAGUGUGUGCACCUUUUCUUGGUUAUUAUUGGCAGUUUUAUGAUAGUUUGUUGAAAUUACACUUUAAGUUUGAUGACCUCGACUCUGCUGCAGAGCUCGUGUUAGAUAUGCAUAAAUUCCAGAAAUCUGUUCCUGGAAAAAAAUCAACGAUGGACCAAGAAAAGCCUCUCCUUGUUCCAAUUGGAUCAAACAAUCUCAAGACUGGCUUGACGAUACAGGUUAUGCCAGAGUUGUUGCAGAAGGAUUCUAUCCUCGGAGUGAAACAUAAACAAGAGUCUGUAAUAUUUAGGAGUGGAAAACUUCUUCUUAGUAACAGAGCCCUGGCAAAGUUAGUCAAUGGAUACAGAAGAAAUGGGAGAACUACUGAGCUUUCAAAGCUUCUACUUUGCAUUCAAGAGGACUUUCAUGCGCUCGGCCAGUCCAGCUUAUGUUCUGAUGUGAUUGAUGCUUGCAUUCUCUUAGGUUGGCUGGAAAUGGCUCAUGACAUCUUGGAUGACAUGGAUGCAGCUGGUGUUUCCUUAGGAUCUACCUCACAUAUGGCACUCUUAACAGCAUAUUAUAGUAGAGAGAUGUUCAAAGAAGCAAAGACACUGCUACGAAAAAUGAGGAAGGCUGGUUUUGAUAUGAAAUUGUCUGAUGAGAUGGUUGCCACUGCUUGUCUUUCAGAAGCAGCAAAUGAUGCAUCAUCUUCCUCUAGUAAAUCAGAUCUGAUCAACUUUUUAGUUCGAGAAAUGAGAGAGAAAGAGAAGGUCAUUCCUUCUGCGAUUUAUGAAUUAAAUUCUUCUAUUUACUAUUUUUGCAAGGCCAAAAUGAUGGAGGAUGCAUUGAAGACGUAUCGAAGAAUGCAACAUAUGAAAAUCCAACCCACAGUGCAAACUUUUGCUUAUCUGAUAGAUGGGUUUUCUUCUUUGGGAAUGUAUCGUGAUAUUACAAUCUUGUGGGGGGAUAUCAAGAGGAACAUGGGUAGCAAGGAGGACUUAGAGCUGAGUAGGGAUCUCUAUGAGGUUUUGCUACUGAACUUUAUCCGAGGAGGUUACUUUGAGAGAGCAAUGGAGGUCAUUGGUCAUAUGAAAGAGCGUGAUAUGUACUGUGACAAGUGGAUGUAUAAAGCUGAGUUCUUGAAGUUUCAUAAGAAUCUAUAUUGGAGUUUGAAAGCAUCGGAGGCAAGAACUGAGGCUCAAAGAAAGAGGCUUGAGUAUGUUAAGACAUUUAGGAAAUGGGUUGGCAUUGAUUGA